GGACGCCCCGCCGCCCACCAGAUAGAUGUGCGGUCCCGCCGCCCGCACGGCCGACGAUGAACGCGCAGCUGGCGAUGGAGAACAUCGGCGAUCUGCACGGGGUGAGCCAUGAGCCGGUGCCCGCCGGCGCCGACCUGAUGAGCGGCAGCCCCCACCACCGGAGCGCGGUGGCCCACCGCGGCAGCCACCUGCCGGCCCACCCGCGCUCCAUGGGCAUGGCGUCCAUCCUCGACGGCGGCGACUACCACCACCACCACCGGCCGCCCGAGCACGCGCUGACCGGCCCCCUGCACCCCACCAUGACCAUGGCCUGCGAGACACCCCCCGGCAUGAGCAUGAGCAGCACCUACACCACGUUAACCCCUCUGCAGCCUCUACCUCCCAUUUCGACGGUCUCGGACAAGUUCCCUCACCACCACCACCACCAUCACCAUCAUCACCAUCCCCACCAGCGGAUACCGGGCAACGUGAGCGGCAGCUUCACGCUCAUGCGGGACGAGAGGGGUCUGGCAUCUAUGAACAAUCUCUACACCCCUUACCACAAGGAUGUUACCGGCAUGGGGCAGAGCCUCUCUCCGUUGUCUGGAUCGGGCCUGGGGAGCAUCCACAACUCCCAGCAAGGGCUGCCCCACUACGCUCACCCCAGUGCCACCAUGCCCGCCGAGAAAAUGCUCACCCCAAAUGGAUUUGAAGCCCACCACCCUGCCAUGUUAGCCAGGCAUGGCGAUCAACACCUCACCCCCACCUCCGCUGGCAUGGUGCCUAUCAACGGGAUCCCACACCACCCCCAUGCCCACUUGAAUGCCCAGAGCCACGGGCAGAUCCUGGGCUCUGCCAGGGAGCAAAACCCUUCUGUAACUGGUUCGCAGGUCAACAGUGGAAGUAAUUCAGGGCAAAUGGAAGAAAUCAAUACCAAAGAAGUAGCUCAGAGGAUCACCACCGAGCUCAAACGGUACAGCAUCCCCCAGGCUAUCUUCGCCCAGAGGGUGCUGUGCCGCUCGCAAGGGACGCUCUCAGACCUGCUGAGGAACCCCAAGCCCUGGAGCAAGCUCAAAUCCGGCCGGGAGACCUUCCGCAGAAUGUGGAAGUGGCUCCAGGAGCCGGAGUUUCAGCGGAUGUCUGCUCUGCGGCUUGCAGCGUGCAAGAGGAAAGAACAAGAACACGGGAAGGAUAGAGGGAAUACACCCAAAAAGCCUCGGUUGGUCUUCACUGAUGUCCAGCGUCGAACUCUACAUGCAAUAUUCAAGGAAAAUAAGCGUCCAUCCAAAGAAUUACAAAUCACCAUUUCCCAGCAGCUCGGGUUGGAGCUGAGCACCGUCAGCAACUUUUUCAUGAAUGCACGGAGGAGGAGUCUGGAUAAGUGGCAAGACGAGGGCAGCUCCAAUUCAGGCAACUCAUCUUCUUCAUCAAGCACUUGUACCAAAGCAUGAAGGAAUAACCACGAACUAAAACCUCGGUGGAAAAGCUUUAAAAAUAAAUAAAUAAAUAAAGACAGACCAGGACCUCAAAAUAGCAGGUUUAUACUUAAAACUAUUUGAAAAAAAUAUUUAUAAGUCCAAAGAAACCAAAGACUUAUUUCACCUGCAUUAUGACUUUGUUCUAAGACACACACUUUAGUAGGAUGACGACUUGCAAAAAACAGAGAGGAAGAAGGAAGCGAAAUGGAGGGAAGGAAACGGGAAGCAAAGAGAAGAGGAACAGACCACUGGUCUUACACCUUUGCCCAUUAUCAUCUUCACCGUACUUGGCUGUUUAGUGGUUUGGAGCAUCGUGAUUUCCUGUCAUUGAACAGACAUCUUUUGGGAUACAGCUCUUCAUGUCCACAGCAGUUGCCAUGGAGGUGUUUGUGUAUCCGUACACGCCAGUGGGUAGGGACUUAGGGCUGGUCUCCAGAGAGGGCUGUGCCAGGGCACGGCCGACAAAGCGUGGAGUCGUCUGAAUUCCUUGGAAUGGUAGUGUGAUUUUUGCUGUUUCACAGUUUGAACUUGAGUGGUGCAAUGCCUUGAAACAAGUUCAAACUAGGCAAAGAAAUUUUGAAUGGUACCUAAACCAGUGCAUUCUCUUUGUUUGUUAAGGAAUGUUCAGAUUUAAAAAAGGAAAACUAUUCCAUCCAUAAAAAAAAUCGACUAGCUACCAAAGAACACAUUUAAUAAUUAUAUUGCAGGUAUUUUAUUGCAAUGAUUUUAAUAUUCCAAAGCUAUUUUUACACAAAUACUAUGUAGAAUUAUAGGUAUAAACUAAUCUAACUGUAUAACACAUAAAA